UUAAUUGACGAAAGUAUUUAGUUGAUUAGAAUUAAAAACAUUGAAAUUCAAUAAAGAAACAUCAAAAAACCGUGAAAACAUUUUCAAAGCAGUGUAAAACUUCGGAUUAAUAAAAUCAAAAUAACUAACAAUAAUUCAUAGAACAUCUGCAAUGAUGUCUGACAUAAGUAAAUCAAAAUAUAGGGGAAAAUGUGAAACGCUUAUUUACAUUUAGAUUAGAAUAUAACCCACGUCUACAUUAUCUAUACGCAUUCCACUGGCGGAAUUCGACGGUAGGCAACCACAAAUUAUUUUCGCAUAUUAUGUAAUCAGAGAAAUAAUGCAAAAACAUCAGAAAACGAUGUAAAAAAAAAGACAACAAAAAACUUCCCCACACCGAUGGACAGUUCACUAACGCAAAUACAAAGAGAUGAACAAGCAAUCGAAAUAAACAAAAAGAAACAAGUUCAACUGCAUAUAAAGCGUCGACAAGAACUAACCCGCCAGAGGCAUUCUAAGCGAAAUGAAUUGAUUCGCUGCACAGAAAGUGUUCGCAAUACAUUUUCGACCAAAUUGAGCAAAGUUAGUUCCAUAAAAAAAACUAAGACCUGCACGAAUGCAAGUGCAAAAACUAGGACACCUUCAACAGUAUCAGCCGCAGUUGAAGUUGGCGAUAGCGAUGUUCAGUGCAUGAGGGACGACAGCGUAGACGUAAUGGGCGGUGGCUUCACUUCCGCAAUAGCAAUCGUACAUUUGCAGCAACAACAAAACGUUGUUAAAAACGAAAUAGACGUCAUUGCAGUGCCAACAGUAGGCGAAAACAACAAACCAAUUUCCGUGGACAGAAAAAUAAAAAUAUCAGCGCAAAUGCAGGAAAAAUUGUUGGACAAUAUACAAACGGAAAAUGACGACCAAAAAAGUAAAAAUACCUUCAAUAUAAACAACACAAAGAAGGAAAACAAACCAUCUACAGCAACAGUUAGAACCAUAAACACCCGUCCAAGUUCGUCAGGGAAAAAUAAGGGUUCCAAAGAAUCAUGUGGCAGAUUUGCCGAGAAGUUGAGACGUUCAUUCCGACGCGGCGAACAUAAAUCACUUGAGAUCAAACCACCUGAACAUAGAUUGGAGAAUCUCGGCGGUACAAAUCAUAGAGAGAAGCAGUACUCUCCAGACGAAAAAAACAGCAGCUGCAAUAGCCUUAUUGACAGUGGUGGUGGACACAGUUUCAACUUAAAACCCUUCGGCAUUAGAUCAUUGACUCCACUACAACGCAAUUCGCAUUCUAUAUUUUCUCUAAGUCAUCUGCCUAGCCUGGGGGUCGGUGGAAGUGCAGACUCGGGCGGCGGUAGUAAAUGCAGUGUAUACAGUACGGCUGGUGGAGGACAUAUCAAUCCGGCGCUACUUUUGGACAGUCCUGACGCAGACACACCACCUGAGUAUGCAUAUCAUCACUUAAGUAGUGUCGCAACGACAAACUCGAGUACCUCUUUGGAAAGUAACUUUGGCGAGAUCGGCGAACGCACUUCGUCUUUAACCAGCAUCAGCUAUUGGGCGUGGCAUCAAUCGAACUCCUCUAUGGGUGGCGAGGUAAGCACUAAUAGCAACAAUGGUGUGUCAGAGGCAAGCAAUUCCGGACGAACGGUGGGCGACAUUGGUUUAACAGCGAAACAGCAUAAACAAAAGCAAAAACUAAAAUCACAAAGCAGUAGUAAAAGUGAUAUUCAACAGCAACAAGCAAGUCGUAGUUGCAGCAUUACCAGCGAGAGCAGUUCAACGAAACUCACACGUCUUCAAAAUCUUCUUUUUAAGUCAAGUAAUGAAAGCACAAAAAGCAUUCAUGCGCACUCCAAUGAGGGAUUCACAGCUUCGUCUCAUAAUUCUUCUUCAGGUGAAUGGGAGAAUUUGGGGUUUUCAACAACUAGCGGUAGUUGUAGUCACGUAGCCGCCGAUUUUUAUGUCGGUAGUUUUCCAGAAGAAUCCGAUGAUAUUGAUAGCGCGUUUACUCUAGCCCAACCAGCAGAUAGUAAUACAGUUGCCACGUCAAAGCCAAUACUAAAACGUGCUGACUCAAAUGAAACAGCCGGAUCGUAUUAUCAAUAUACGUUAACCUCACCGAAUAAUCCUUUUUUACCCGAAAUUAUCGCCCGCACCUACCAUAGCGUCUAUGAUGAGGAGAAUGAGCCGCUCGAGAAUAACAUGACGAAUGUUAAGUAUGGUCAGGGAGAAGACCCGAGUGGGUUAGAAUUGGAUGGCAGUGGCUCGCAUUCGGCUCAACUACCAACCCCGGUAUAUAGUCGAGCGGCCUCGCAAGAGUCUACACAUAGUGAUAGCGCUAUCUCAGCAACAGCUACAGUGAAAAGCAGUGCUAAUGUAGAACUACCUUCCAGUCCUAUUAACAGUUCAUCAUCAACUCCGGGGCGACAGCGUCGUAAACUGUUCAUUUUGAAUUCGCCUACACGACACUUGCUACAUCAACAGCCAUCUCACAAACCACAACCACAAGUUACUACUCCAGAUACCUCUCUCCGUAAAUCUACACCAUGUACUUCCGCUUCCGAUAGCAAUGUUAUAAAGAGCCUUAAUCCCUUUCUUCCAUUUACGAGUACUGUUGAAGGUAUCAACAACAACAACACUGGCACAACGACCACAUCAACGACGACUAAAACACCAGCCGCGGCAAUAUACAGCGCAACGAAGCGUGUGCCGCUAAAGCAAUCAGCCAUAACAUCUCCAAUCGCAAUGCCGCAGGAUUUAAAUACAAAACGCGAGGAAUUCUUGCGUGCUACCAUGAAGAUUUGCUUAGUAGUCUCUCCGCCAAAUAGUAAAUUACAGUUGAAAUCUAAAAGCUUAACACACUUGGACGGACUCGACCCAAUGGUAGCAGGUCAUCGUGGUGUUCCCGUUAGCAUAACACCGAAUAUGAGCCGGAGCGAAGUUUGCACAAAUACGGCCUCUUCAACAAUUCAAACUUCUCAACAGCUUUAUCCAGAUCAAUAUCCAUCUGUGUUGAACUCUUCUUCAACAAUAGCGAAUAUAACCAGCGAAGAGACAUCAGCUCCAACAGGCAUCAGGUCUGUGACGAGUUAUAAGAAAAAAUCUCCAUUUGUACAGCGUAAAAAACCACUGCUAACACGCAGUGAGGUCACGAGUUCGGAAUACUUUUCUGUGAGUUUUUGUACCGAUCAAGGUGGUGUAGAGGAAGAGUUCAUACCAGCGACCAAAGGCGUAACUUUGCAUUCCGCGCUAUGUCAAGCGUUGAAAAGACGAAAUUUAACAUUUUCACAAAUCGCCAUUACUGAUAAUAAUCCUCCCAGUAGCUUUUUAGAAACAGGGUACUCUCUAUUAGCAAGUUCUUUGGAUGAAAAUACUGAUGUAGAAAAUUUAGCUGGACAUCAUUUGACUGUAACUGAAAGCGAUGGUAGUCGAAAAACUUUGCAAAAAGCCGCAUCAUUUGGUUCCCGCACACGUCCACCGCGAUUGCUCUCUUCCGCCUCUACGGAAGAGACCAGCGAAGCCGCUGUUCCAGGAAAACAACUCAAACAACGCUGGUCCGGUUUGUUCGGUAUUAAAAAUCCACAGCAAAGUCAAUUAUGUGAACUGCUGAAUAGUUACGCAAAGAAUGGUGUACCACAAAAGAGAGCAUCAGUAAAUUUCGAUCAUCCGGAUUUUGAUGCGGCCUUAGCGUAUUUGGACAAUAUGCACAAGUCGUGGAAGGAUAUUGUGGAUAGCACAGCUAUGAAUGACAGCGAAAUGAGAAUACAAACUGCAAUUUGGGAGUUAGUUACCACCGAAGUAUACUACAUCCACGCACUCCAAACAGUAACAGAUCUCUUUUUGGCAUGUUUAGAAGCUGUGCAGUUGGAGCGACUGCUUACCGAUGUAGAUCAACAUCGACUAUUUUCGAAUGUACGGGAUAUAUGCGAAGCCAAUCUUAAAUUCUGGACUCUUUAUCUCUACCCCAUGGUGGCGCACAGUGUCGCUACUGGUGAACCUCUACGUGUGGCGUUCUUCCAUCAGGGUUUUGUUGCUUUCGCCUCAAUAUUCGCACCAUACAAAAAGUAUUGUGCAGAACAGAGUACUUGUCAGUUCUAUUGCAAGGAACUUAACCACAACAAUCCACUUUUUACAUCUUAUUUGGCCUGGUGUGAGUCGCAAAAGCUGUGUAACCGGCUCCGAUUGGCCGACAUUUUAGUACGGCCGAUGCAGCGAUUGACCAAGUAUAGUCUGCUUUUGACAGCGAUCAAGAAGCACAUGUUGGAUAUGGAGCAGAUCGAGUCAGUCGAUUCAAUGAUCCAUUCAGUGGAGAACUUCGUGUUUAGUGUGAAUAACCACUUGACAACGCGUCAGGAAAAUGAACGUUUGAAAGGUGUUAUGGCGCGCAUUGAGUCCUAUGAUGUAGUGGACACCAACAACGAGCAACUAGACAAAAUGAUAAAGCAAUAUAGUAAAAUGUUUGACUUGUGCGCUCCAAUGAAAGGAUGUCCAGCUCACCAAGUGCGCCAUCUCUUCAUGGAGGGCGACCAUAAAUUCAAAGACAACCUUGGCAAGACCGACGUUCAUUGUUUUUUGCUGACGGAUAUGCUGCUUGUCUGCAAAGCGAUCGCGAAACGUGGUCUCGGUUCGCUGAAAGUGAUUCGUCAACCAUACUUAACCGAUAGACUUGUUGUACAACAAAGCAAUAAUAUUUUAAAUUGUAUCUACCUCAAUGAAUUUCAAGUGGUCGUUACUGCAUUCACUCUACAAUGUUCGGAGGCAAAAAAUUGGUAUGAGUCAAUAAAGCGCGCUAAAAUGAUUUACACAAGACUGAAACAAGGUACCGGCAAUUGGGACAACUUCCGUUUGGCUGCAGGGAGUGGAGUAAGUGGCAGCGCAGUGGAUGUACUUGGCAUAAAAAAAUCGCCAAUGAAUUCGUCAUUAUGCAGUCAUGUUUCCAGCGCAAAUAAUAGUCACAGCGGCUCUGUCGAGUGGAAUGAUUCGCGUAAUAUAUCGGUGGAAUUUGAAAAGACCAAUUCAUUAUCCAGUGAGGAUGGUUCUAUGAGCAAGAAUUUGCAAUCCGGUCCACUCAAACUCAAAGUUAACACUGCAACGGCGAACACACUUUCAGUACAGCCACUUAAUCACUUGGGACAAAGUCUGCCGAACCUAAACCUGAACCAAAGCCAUACUACCCUCGACAGUAACCUAUAUUAUACUUAUAGUAAUAACACACUACUGGUACCUGGCACAACAACAAGCCAUUCCGGAAAUUUGUUGCUUUCGCCUAGUCAUAGAGGAAUUUCUUAUCCACCACCUAGUCCAACAAGAGUUCCACUUCGUCGCGGCAUGGCCUUUUCUACCUCCACCAAAAAUCCGCCACUAGUCAAAACUCGCAAUAUUACUUCGCAGAAUAGCAUUAACUGGUCACAACCGCAAUCUGUAGCGCCAAACUUACAGCAGCGACACAAAGUACCAAUUAAUAGCACCGUAGCGAGCAACGCAUCGAACGCCAUGCUAUCAACACCUCUUGGUGGGGCACAGCUUACUCAAAAUAAAAGUCACGGAACUAACGAAAGCACAACCAGUGCAAGACCUGAAACCAUGGCAAUUCAACUGUCCAAUGAUUUGACAGAUGGUACUUGCCAACAGCAGCAGCAUCCUCAACAAAUGCCUACCUGCAACGAAACCGAUGUUUGAUUCGUUUGCAAGCAAAUGAAAUAAUUGAAAUAGACUCUUCCUGGCUUUAUUUCAAGCACGUAGAGGCACACACUCAUAGUAUAUGUAUGUACAUAUGUACAUAUACACUUAUAAAGGAACAUUAGUGGCAUUAAUUGCGUUAUCGCAAAUACAAACUACCAUAGUCAGUGGAUUCAUGUAUGUAGUAUUUUAUAGAUUAUAAAGCGUGCGGAAGGAUCAUAGGGCUUACAUGCGUACAAAACAAAAACUAAAUAAAAUAAACGAUCACUUGCUUGUUAACGAAACCUUUGUAUACAAAAAGAUACUGUAGAAAACAUGUUUAUUACAUUACUUUUGACAAAAAGCUGCAAAAUUUUAACAAAAAAUAUGAAGGCAAAUAGGGAUUAGUAAAAUACUAGGGAAUAGUUAUUAGUACAUACAUAUGUAGAGGAUAUCAAUUUGUAUUCAAAUCAAAUAUAAUAUAUACCAAUAAUAAUUUACAAGUAAUGUAGCAAUAGUUUGCAUAAAAUCAGAACAAAUAAAUAUAUAAAUAUAUAAAAAUCAAAGCAAAAAUAUUUAAAAAAAAAAGUAAAUAAGAAAUAUCAACCAUAUUUUACCAAUACAAAGUAUGCAACGAUUUUUUAUAUUUUAAAUUUAAAAAUAUGUAAGUUCAUAAGAUUUCCUUAAAUCAGUAGGAGGAAAUGAAUAGUGAAGUAAGCACCACCAUAUGUCAACAAAUGUACAAGUGUACAUACAUACAUACAUAUAUGUCUCCACAAAAAUGUGGAUAUUUAGUAUUGGUUGUAGUGCUGUUAAUAAGUUAGUUAAGUUAUUGUAUAAAUGCAACCAUAUAUAGAAAUGGUGUAAAAAGCCUGAAUAACGAACUUGUACUUAUAGAAAGUCUCCUUUCACUUGUGUCCUUCCACAAGCCUACAGCUGUGAACAUAGUACUAUAUUCAGUGUAUUUUAUAUAUAUCUUUUACAAUCAGUAAUACUUUAUGAUGUUUAAAUAGGCGAGCAAUUUUAUUGUAAAUAAAUUUGUAGUUUAAGUAAUGAAAAUGUUGGUAUUCUAGAUCCGAGUAGCCAUUAGAGUUUGUAUUAUAUUGCAAGAAAAUUAUUCAAAUUGCUAGCAUUCAUAUAACUAGUAUAAAAUAUACAACAAAUAAAUGUUAUACCCAAACUGUAUUAGAAAGUAAAAAAUAAAACUGAUUAAAACGUAUAUUUUAUGUAAAACCUAGUAUUUACUUAUGUAUAAAAGAACAGCAUUGGCCAAGGCAACAAUUUUAUACCAUAUAUGUAUACAUAAUAAUAAGUUGUAGCUUUGGCCAAUGACAUAUUGGCAACAAUACGAUAAAAAAAAAUAUUUAUGCACACUACUGUAUAUACAUAUGUUAUUAAAAACUGUGAUUCCAUAAUCAUUGAAUCAUUGACAUUAAUCACAAGCAAUUAUUGUUUUUCCUUCCAUUAUGUAAGUAUAUAAUAUUGUAAUGUUGCAACGGUAGUUAUUUGUUCGUUAGCCGUUCAUAAAUCUGGUCAAAACGGAUUUGAAUUAACAAAGCUAUUGCUGAAAUCGAAAACGCUUUUCCAAUAUACAAGUAUAACAAUUAUUGUAUUAGCUUAGCAUGUCAGAGUUAAAAGUUGAGAUGUUGCGUUAAAAGGAACCGUCUUCUUUAUGUUUAGGAUUCCAAACAAAACUAAUUUAAAACUCUAGUAAUUGUAUGUUUCCUAUGAGCAUUUCAGACCUGUAUGAUGCAGUCAUAAAAUUUUGAGCUGUCUCUACUAAAUUAAUUUUAAUUUUUCCGUUUAAAAUUCUAUAAAAAUACAGCUUUAUAAAUAUUGUUGGUAAUAGGAAAGCUUAAGCAGCUUGCUAAUUUGUCUUGUAGAAUAUACUAUUUCCUACUUACAAAUGUGAAUAAUUUUAAUUAUUUAGUAAUUGGUCACAAAUAUAAUAUCAUAUUCUAAAGUAUUU